GGGGUUGCAAAUACAUGACAUGAACCAUUUUCCUUUUACAUGUGUAUUGCACUAAUUAAUGAAAGCAGAAGAUAAUUAAUGUUUGACCCUGAAUGUAACAGGAGGGUUAAUCUGGCAUCAUGUUGGCGACAUUCAUACUGUACAGUAUUUAAACAAACACGCUGUGGGCAAUAUCGAGGUCAGUACAUUGAGAAGCCUAACUAGCUAACGGUAACUAGGCAACUACAUUUAAAAAAUGCUCACGUGCACGUUGGAGAACUUGAUUAAGCAGAAGUAGUGAUUUAGCUAAAAGCUUUCAAUGGACUGUUGUAUAUUUUGUUUUUGCCCGGAGACUCAUGUUUGGACUGUCUUCAUCAACAAUUCAGAUUCAGAAACGUCGUUGUCCAGUCUGUCCAAUGAGGACCAGGACGACCCUCAGUUUCCUUACGCCAUCAGGAAUAUGUCUCCCGUCUCUCAGCCUGGCGAACAGCACCAGACACCAGUCCACCGUGAGGCAGAGGGAACUGGAACAGCAACCAACGGGAGACUCCCUAGCCUCCCUGGGACUCCCUCUCUGCCCCGUCCCAUCCCCUGCCACCCUGCUGGAUCUCCGACAAUACCUCAUAGACCAAGUCGUCUGAGAACAGAGGCAGAGUUUCAGCCCCUGCAGCUGAGGAGGCAGCUCGUCUCUCAGGUGUCUAUGGAUUGUCCACUCAGCCCGGCCUCACGUCCUCACAGCCCCUGGGGACGCUUUGACCCUUAUGACUCUACAGAGGAUCAGGACAAGGAGUAUGUGGGUUUUGCCACAUUGCCCAACCAGAUUCAGAGGAAGACGAUGAAGAAAGGUUUCACAUUUACGCUUAUGGUGGCAGGGGAGUCUGGCCUCGGUAAAUCCACACUAAUCAACAGUUUGUUCCUCACGGACCUCUACAAAGACAGGAAGGUUCCCAAUGCACAAGAGCGGAUCAAUCAAACAGUCGACAUCGUCAAACACGCAAUUAGCAUCGAAGAGAAAGGAAUCAAAUUGAGGCUCACCAUCAUAGACACACCAGGGUUUGGAGACGCCAUCAAUGAAACAGAAAGCUGGAAGCCAUUAAAAGACUACAUCGACCAGCAGUUUGAACAGUACUUCAGAGAUGAGAGCGGGUUGAACAGAAGGAACAUCCAGGACAACAGAGUCCACUGCUGCCUCUACUUUGUCUCUCCAUUUGGCCACGGUCUAAGACCUCUGGAUGUGGCGUGUAUGAAGGCCUUGCACGACAAAGUCAACUUAGUUCCUGUAGUGGCCAAGGCAGACAGCCUUACAGAAGCAGAAGUCCACAGAAAGAAGAUGAAGAUCAGAGAGGAGAUCGAGCAGUUUGGGAUCAACAUCUAUCAGUUCCCCGAGUGUGAUUCAGAUGAGGAUGAAGACUUAAAAAAACAGGACCAGAUACUCAAGGACAGCAUCCCAUUUGCAGUAAUUGGGAGCAAUGUUCAAGUGGAGAGUGACGGUCACAAGUUCAGAGGUCGUGCCUAUCCCUGGGGUGUGGUAGAAGUGGAAAACCCGACACACUCCGACUUCCUGCUGCUGAGAAACAUGCUGGUGAGGACGCACAUGCAGGAUCUGAAGGAUGUGACGGGGGAGACGCACUAUGAAAAUUACAGAGCACAGUGCAUACAGAGCAUGACGCGCAUGGUGGUGGAGGAGAGGCAGCGGAGUGUGCACGACAAGCAUCGAGAGCGGAGCGAGGCAGACUUUCCUCUGCCGCUGGCUGCAGCUGACACCGAGACUGAGAAACUCAUCUUUGAAAAAGACGAGGAGCUGAGGAGGAUGCAGGAGGUGCUGGAGAGGGUUCAGGAGCACAUGCAGCACAGCUAGAGAGGUGGUUUCUGAGCGCCCAGGAGCACGGAGGAAGCCCCCGUUUUCUGCUGGAACUUGUGUGAAAAGGAAACUAGCAUCAUUGAGGUCCUCGUGUGACGAGCAACUUAAGUGAGCGAGGCUUGAAUCAGGGUUCUCCCAGGACACACAAACAUUUCUGUGGGUCUCAAAAGUGUCAAGCGAGCCGAUUGGCUGAUCCAGCUCCUGUCAAAAGGCUGAUUAGAAACACAAGAAAAAAACAAGUGAACCUUACUCUAAAACUCUGCACAAGUAUAAAAGACGCAGCCAUGCACGUUUACUUACCUGCAGCCAGGAGAUGCAUGUUCCCGUCACAGACUCAGUGUUGUGUUCAAGAUUUUCUGGCAUUACGUCAUCCGAGGAGGGAGUUACUCAAAGCUGUAGAGAAUUAAUUACUUUUAUUCAAUUAAUUGUAUCAACGGCUCCUUGAUUAGUAACCUUGAUAAGAAUGUAACACUGCAAUCUAGGUCAUUGUGGUAAUGUUAAAGUUGGGUUUACAUUUUUCAUGUUUUAUUACUUAAGUCAACUGUAUUUUUAUGUUUUUGUAUUUUUAAUCUUUAAUUUUGCUGUUUCAUAAGAACAAGAAAGUAAACAAAUAUCAAUGAAAAGCUUUCUAACAGUUUGUCAAUAUUUUUACACAAGACCAAUAAAUACAGAAGCAAGAUGUGU